AUGGAUAAGCAAAACGAAGCGAGGAGCGAUCUGACGCCGACUAAAGACGACAAGUGCAAAGAUAAAAAGGCGAAACCGGGUAAGAUUUUCCGUAAGAAACCUCUCAAAUCCGUCGGGAAUUUUAUGAACCGGGUUUUUAAGAGUUUGGGCACUUUUGGACACUUUUCUGACUCGCAAGACGCAGAGGAUGACGAUGGAGGAUUUCGGAACGGUACCAAAUGCACCCUCAACGCGAGCGUGGCCAAAACCGACGCGCAGGUGCCGUGGGGAGCGAGGAACACGCCGAGUACGUCUUCGUCGAUUUGCACGGGACGGGAAAAGCUGUUGUUUCAGUACGGAGAUAAGACCCCCGGGGUGCUGGGGCUUAAAAACCACGGGAACACUUGCUUCAUGAACGCGGUGGUGCAGUGUUUGAGUAACACGGAUCUGCUGGCAGAGUAUUUGGGUUUGGAGAGGUACAAGUUGGAUCUGACGCGAGUUAACGGGAUGGGGAGUACCGGGCAGUCCGCGAGGAAGGGGGAGGUGACGGAGCAGUUGGCGGCGCUGGUUCGGGCGCUGUGGACGUUGGAGUAUACGCCGCAGCUGUCCGUGGAUUUUAAGACGAUAGUGUCCAAGUACGGAGCCCAGUUCAGGGGAAACGCUCAGCACGACGCCCUCGAGUUUCUGCUGUGGCUGAUGGACCGUGUUCAUGAAGACGUGACACUGGCAUCACACAACAACAACAACAUCACUGCUCCCGCUCAGAUAUGUGACGGUGAGAAGGACCUCCCUGACCACUGCUCCGUCCACCCGUCCAAAGUCCAGCACAGCUUCGUCCAGGAGCACUUCCAGGCCCAGUACAAAUCUUCCCUGACGUGUCCUCACUGUCUGAAGCAGAGUAAUACGUUUGACCCGUUCCUGUGUAUUUCACUGCCCAUCCCUCUGUGCCAGACCAGGUCUCUCUGCGUAGUCUUGGUGUUCAGCUCCAAAGGCCAGAGGUACCUGCGGGUGGCGCUGUCUGUGCCUCUGUUUGGAUCUGUGAGCUGUUUGAGGAGGAUGGUGGCAGACGAGGGCAACUUGUCUCCAGACCAGGUGAUCCUGACAGAGGUGUACUCCAGUGGGUUCCAGCGGUCCUUCUUUGAUGAAGAGGACCUGUCGAGCAUCGCAGAGAACGACGUCAUCUACGCCUUCCAAGCCCCGCCCCUUUACAUCAGGGGCGGGUCGACUCGAAUCUCAGGGUACCACCACAGCCUCCCGUCCUCCCCGUACAGCUCGGGCUCCGGGGGUCAAAGGUUAACAGCGUCGGGGGCACUGUCCACAGAGUUCCUGCCCCAGACUGUACCACUGAAGAUCCUGCUGCUGGUCUGCAACGCAGCGGGGUCCGGUCAGCAAGUGGUCAGGUUUGGACCUCCAUUCUUGAUGAGGGAGGAUCGGUCUAUUUCCUGGGACCAGCUGCAGCAGAGCAUCCUCAGUAAACUCUACUACCUGAUGGUCAACGGAGCGCAGGCACAGAAUGCCCGAGUUUUGUUCAACAUCCGAGUGGUGGGAGGAUCCGCCUUCUACAGCUACCUGUCACCUCAAGAUGGCCGACCACUCUGCCACCCAGCUGUGGAGAGAGCUCUGAAGAUGUGUGGAUCGGGUGGACCUCCUCAUGUGAAGCUCAUCGUUGAGUGGGAGCAUCGCAUUAAAGACUGUCUGUUUGGGAACAUCCAGGAGGAGGUGGUGAAGGAGGCGGACAGCGUAAGGGCCCAGCAGAACCAGAGCCACACCUGUACUCUGGACCAGUGCUUCCAGCUCUAUACCAAAGAGGAGCAGCUGGCCCCAGAUGACGCGUGGAAGUGCCCCCACUGUAAGCAGCUGCAGCAGGGCACGGUCCAGAUGAGCCUGUGGACCCUGCCGGACAUACUCAUCCUCCACCUCAAGCGCUUCAGGCAGGUGGGCGAAAGGAGGAACAAGCUCACCACCCUGGUACACUUCCCCCUGAGCGGACUGGACAUGACCCCCCACGUGGUCCCCCAGCACCGCCAGCACCCGCCCAAGCACCCGGUCCACAACCAGCACCACGUCACGCCGGGCUGGAAGCAGGGCGCCAGGAGGACCCCAGGAUCUGCCCCCCCGGAGUUUCUGUACGACCUGUACGCGGUGUGCAACCACCAUGGAGGCAUGCACGGAGGACAUUACACGGCCUAUUGUCGGAACUCGGUGGACGGCCAGUGGUACAGUUUUGACGACAGCAGCGUGGAGAGUGUGACGGAAGGGGAGGUGUGCACACGUUGGGCCUACCUUCUGUUCUACCAGCGCAGGGACUCCAUACCGGUGUGGUCAGCCAGCUCCUCUGUCAGCGGUUCCACCAGCUCGUCGGCGUCUGACCACUGGCUGAUUCGGCUGACAGGGGGCAGUAGUGAGAGGGACAGUGUGGGGUCUGGAGGGGCACUGUCCGGGGGACCCCAGGGCAGUACCGCAGCACCAGAGUCCCCCGAGCUACCAGUAUUUGGCGACGAACCUUACAAGUCAGAAGACACCAAUGGCUUUGACACCAAGCCUUUCGUCCGUGGAACAAACGGCCGAAGUGUAAGUAUGCGCUCCCCCACUAAGUCCAAGGAUCCGCUCAGCAGGGUCCUCCCACUCCGCUGGUCUUUGGCAUCCAAAGACCGCCUCAAGACCCGCCCCCAGACCCCACCUCCACCUCCCCAGCCCGGUGAGCUCGUGGAGUAUCUCGAAUCUGGACGGAGACCACGAUGCACACAAGAGCCCAUUGUAUCACUGGUGACUACCCCUCCUUUAAGAACUGCCCAUGGAAGAAUGUUGCAGUCAGGGCUCAAUUCUCUGAACAGUAGCAAUGUUAGCGCGAGUAUGGAGUCGCCACGGAUUCCAGAAGGAGAGAGGAGAACUUGCAUUGAGAACGCGCUGAGAUGUUCCAAAAGGCUUGACCACGGAAGGACUUUAGACUUCGCCUUCCCAAAACAAGUUAUGUUAGACAACGCUUUCAGCCAGAGUGCCCCAGCGAGCCGCGAUUCUACUCUUAGAAGAACCCGAAUUCAAAAUGGCGUCUCUAACAAGAUGCAAAAAGACUUGUUACACAUGGUUCUAGAUCCUGAGGAAAAGAGCGGAUUUAGCGUCCAUGACAGAAACAGCCAUGAAAAUCUUUUGUCAUUUUUCAAACCAGGAUUUAGAAAGAAAGACAUCCCUGGGUCUCCAUUUCACAGUCGAUUAAACGGUAAACCAGCUUCUACGGAUUUGUCAAAGCUAUCUUAUUCCAACGGGAUGAUAUACGCAGACGAUCGGAAGUUAAAUGGCGUUCCAAACGGGAGGUUGGUGAAUGGAAGGGCAGCGCUGGACACCGGGGAUCUAGCCCAUGCUCACAGCUCCUCGAACCUGCUUUCUGGGUACGGAAGGUGCACGUCUCUGCAGAGGAACGGAGGGACCAUAGGGGGCGCUCUGGCACAACGCGCCACCCUUACAGACAAGCCCGGAUACAGCACCCUCCAGUGGGCGAGAUACAGCAGCACGUCCUUGGUGCCCACGUGAGCCAAGAGAAGCCUGGGAGCAGCUCAAUGACUGGACCUGAGUGGAGAGCUCCCCCUAUGGGCGUAUUAUGGAAGUCAUACCCACGUGUCUUGUAUAUUAUCUAUGCAGACCUCCUUAAACAAGGACAGAUUCUGCUCUCAUUGUCUCCUUUGGGCAGGCUACUGACUGUUGACGUUGUAAUGUUUUUGCAGAUGGUGGAAAAGAGGAAGAUGUUUGUGUUUUAUGCCUAGAAAAUUGCUAAACUAUUUAUUAAUAUGCAAGAAGUAUACAAUUGGGAUAUGUUUAGAGUAUACUCUGACAAUGGGCAUUAGAAUAUAUU